CCAUUUACUGAAUGAUGUGUCAUUGUGUCCGAACUCCAAAAUCAGACCAAAAAAUAAUUGCGGUACGAGUAGUUGUUACGCCAUCAUCUUUCUUUCAGCUUUCUUCAACUUCACUCCCUCACUCCAUGCGCUUCUCCAACAUUCUUUCCUCCAACCUACUCACUAAAACUAUAUACUUCACACUUUAUACUCAUUUACCUUCAAUUACAACAUUAUAAGUGAAUCCAACAGUUCUUGAGCCCUUGAUUUUCAGAUUCAUAAAGAUUGUUUAAGGUCAGUUUUACUCUAAAUUUAUGCUCAAAUUUACUGUAUUUAGUAUCAUUUGUGAUUUUAGAUCAUUGCUUAAUUUGUCGAAUUAGAUACUUUGAUAGCUAUAAAUCAAGAUCUUAGAUUCUGGGUGUUUGACCAAACCCUUGAAAUUAGUACUUUUGCUGCAACUGAUAAUUAGGGAGACUUUGAUAUCAUGUGAAUUUGUGGAUUUGAGCAACUGGGUUGUGCAAGAUUAGUGGUUAAUUGCAUUUUCUGAAGUGGGUUUAUAUCUAUUUUGGUUAAUUUGUAUGAAUUGAGUAGUUGAUCAUGAGGGUUUUGCCAAUUUGGACUCUACAUGUAUUGUUGUUAGUGGUUUUGUUGAUUGGGUUUACGAGUUGCAAAUUCGAUUUGGAUUUCGUGGAUGCCGAAUCUGAGGUGGAAGAUGAUGAUGUUAGAAGAGCCCCCCAAUAUGAUCGGUUAGAUGAAGUGAAAAAGGCAUGUUCUAAAGUCAUAGCAUCUGCUACUGAACUGAGAAUUGAUGACAAUGUAAUUAGUAAAAUUAAGAAAGAGAUUUUCUUUGAUAAUGGAGAUUGGGAACAAGAAGGAAAUAGUGCACCUUUGUUGCCAUUUGAUGAUAGACCACCGAGAAUGUCAUCUAGUUAUGAUUAUGAUGUAUACAACUCUUCUCGUUUGAUGCCGCCAUAUAAGCUUGUAUCUUUUAAAUUGACUGAUGUUAGCGCCCUUAGCGGUGCUCAUCGGUCUAAAAAGACCGUAGUUGUCAAUGGCUAUCUUUAUUUGGUGAUUACCUCCAGUCUUCCUUUGGCCACUAUGAGUGAACAAGUGCUAAAAGGCCCAGAAUUUUCCAUGUGGAGCCAACAUUCUCAGCUUCUUAUUAGUCUCCAAGGAGUAUAUGCUGAAUCGAGAAAAAAUGGUGGGGAGAGAAUGCUGUGUUUGUUGGGUAGCACCAUGCUGCCUUCCCGUCAGCCUGAUUCUAGUGAUUCAGGCUCAAGUGAUAAUCAGCCAUCUCUAUUGCAGGAUGAGCAAAUCCUAAUCGUUCUUAACUUUCCAAAGAAAGCUAGUCUAAAGCACAGGGCCAUUCAAGGUGAGAUGCGGAGUUUGAACUCGAAAUCAAGCCCAAAGUACUUUGAUAAAGUUAAAAUCACAUCUCAGAUGCAAGCUAAUACUCGUGACUAUGAAUUUAGCUCUGAUGAGAUUAUAGCAAAGGCAUGUAAUCCAUAUCCGUACUCAGAUACUUCCAUAAGUAGCGGCAUAGAGCCGUACAAGGGUGCUGACUUUUGUUCAACAUUUACAAGAAAUUCCAUUGAUGGGGCUUUUGUAGUUGUGCCUCAUUGGCAAUGCAAUGGCACUGAGGAUUUUUGUAGCAAGUUUGGUCCUUUUGCUUCAGAUAAACAGAUAAACAGUACAGAUGGAGGCUUCAAGGAUGUGAGAAUUCUUGUGCACAACAUUAUCUGUGCAACUAGAAAAACACGGGAUAAUGGUCUCAUGGCAAGGGUUUCUGCAGUAUUUAGAGCCUUUGAUGCUCCCAACAUUCUGUUCAUCGAAAAUCAAAGAAGUGGAUUGGGAAAUAUGACGCUUGUUGCUGAGGGGAUCUGGAAUUCUUCCACUGGACAACUUUGCAUGAUUGGUUGCCUUGGAGUUGUGGGUGUAGAAGGUGAUUACUGCGGUUCUCGAAUUUGUUUGUACAUACCUCGGUCAUUCUCCAUUAAACAAAGAAGCAUUCUUCUUGGUAGCAUAUCAAGUAUCGAGAAGAGCAAUCCCCCUUACUUCCCUUUGUCACUUGAAAUGCUUUAUCAGAGCUUGGAUUACAUUUCCGACAGUUACAAAUAUGCACAGCCAUUUUAUCACUAUUCAAAAAUUGAUGCUGCAGGAGCUAUACUGGAGAAAUACGAGCCUUUCAAUUUUGGAACUGUCAUCAAGAAAUCAUUGCUGACAUUUCCUAAACUCCAGGACUCGGAGGAUUAUUCUGAAAGUCUCAGACUUCUUGCAGAAGACCUUACACUUCAUGUAUCAGCUGUCCCUGAUCCUAUACCUGUUUCUCAGCCUUCAAGAACUGAGAUUGAGAUGGAGGUGCUUUCUCUUGGUCCCAUGUUUGGGCGUAACUGGUUCUCAAAUGACUCCACGGCUAGCCUUGAAACUCCUUACCACACAAAGGCUGCAUACACUGAGAGGCAGUUGCUUUUGAAUGUUUCCACUCAGUUAAAGCUCAGGGGAGGACCUUAUAGGAACUUUUCUAUGCUGUUUCUGGAGGGAAUUUAUGAUCAACAUGUCGGGAGAAUGUAUUUAAUUGGUUGCAGAGAUGUCAGGGCCUCAUGGAAGGUGUUAUAUGAGAGCACGGACCUUGAAGGCGGCCUCGAUUGUUUGAUUGAAGUAGUUAUUUCAUAUCCGCCCACUACAGCUCAAUGGCUAGUUACUCCAACAGCUAGCGUUUCCAUAUCCAGUAAAAGGACAGAGGACGACCCUUUCUACUUUCAGCCAGUCAAGCUUCUCUCUCUUCCUAUAAUGUACAGAAAGCAGAGAGUAGAUAUUCUUUCUCGGAGUGGCUUUGAGGGGAUUCUCAAGAUUUUGACCCUCUCUAUUGCCAUUGGUUGCAUACUGAGCCAACUUAUUUAUACAAGAGAUUCUGCAAGUUCUCUUCCUUACAUGUCUCUUGUCAUGCUAGGAAGUCAAGUCAUUGGAUACGCUCUUCCUCUUGUUAUUGGUGUACAAGCUCUUUCACGGAACAACAAUUUGGAGGAUUCUGAAGCUUCUUAUGAUCUUGAGAGGAGUGAGUGGAUCAAGGUAAUAGACUAUGUUGUGAAGCUUCUUGUGCUGGUGUGUCUUCUACUUACUGUUAGGCUCUGCCAAAAAGUGUGGAUUUCUCGUGUCAAGUUACUCUCACAGAAUUCUACUGAGACACACCGGAUUCCAACUGAAAAACGAGUUCUUGUUAUUACUUUGGUCAUACACAUUGUUGGGUAUAUAAUUGCUUUAAUUUCCCAUUCCUUGAAGACUGGCCAAACGCCUACUUGGAAAGAGCAAUAUGUGGACACAACAGGAAUCCCUCACACAUUGAAGCCUUGGGAAACUCUUUUUCAGGAGUACAUAGGUUUGCUUCAAGAUCUCUUCCUUCUUCCGCAGUUGAUUGGAAACAUUUUAUGGCAGAUAAACUGUAAGCCUCUUCGGAAAUCAUAUUACGUGGGUAUCACUGUUGUCAGACUUCUUCCUCACGUGUAUGAUUUUAUUAGAGGUCCAGUAUCUAAUCCAUUUUUCUCAGAGGAAUAUGAGUUUGUGAACCGAAAUUUUGAUUUUUACUCUGAGUUUGGGGACAUUGCUAUACCUGUUUUGGCAAUAGGCCUUGCAGUAAUAGUGUAUAUACAGCAACGGUGGAACCAGGAGAAGAUCAGAAACACUCUGGCUCUGGGGAAGCAUAUACUUCCUUCUGGAUCAAGAAAGUAUGAGAGGCUGCCUACUCAGCCAGUUGAAGCUGAGCUCGUUUCUGGUACCAAUAAAAGGAAUGCUCAAGAGAGUGAAGAGUGAUGUAUGUAUUAUAUCAGACAACUCUUAGCUCCCUCAUUAACUGAGUUAAUUUUGUACUUUCUCCCUUAUCUGAUACAGUGAUUAGUUUUCAAUACAAACAAUAUACACGGAUUAAAGUUCUCAUUUAGUCUUGUUGUUUUCGGGUUUAGCAUAGAUUAAGAUCGUUAGAAUGCUCUGUUUGGAAAAUCUUUCUUGUUCAAACUCUUAAUUAGGCCUCAUUUCUAUAUUAUGUCGUCAAAAAAUAAUUGGCCAUUUUC